CGCGGGGUGGAGCCCGUUUAUUUGAAUCCGAGAGGUGGUGUUUGGAACCGGGAGGAGUUGGGACCGCGGAGUGUAUGAGAACAUGUGCAGUAAUGUCAUCUCAAAAGAAAGUUAACUCUUGGGCACGAAAGAGGACUUCACAGGGCAGUAGUAGCUAUCAGACUAGACUCUCAGCCUCAAGAGUGAAAGAGGACCUAAAUGACUCAAAGAGCAUCUCAAAACGUGGACAGAACAAUACUGUGGAAGAUUAUGAAGGUGCUGAUGAUCAAGCAGAAGACGCUCUGCAGAUAGCAUUGAGAUACUUUGAGAAAGGUCCCAUUAAAACUUCACAGAGUAAAGAGAAACACUUGAAAACUGUGGAAAAUGUGGCGUGGAAGAAUGGGUUAGCUCCAGAAGGAAUCGACAUUCUGUUAAGUGUGGCACUCAGUGGCAAAUUUGGGAGUGCUGUAAACACGCGGAUAUUCAAGUGUAUGAUUCCAGUAACUCUAAUAUCAGAAGAUUCUGUGGUUAAGGCGGUCUCCUGGCUUUGUGCUGGCAAGUGUUCUGGUAGCACCAAGGUGCUUUUUUAUCGUUGGCUGGUUGCAAUGUUUGACUUCAUUGAUCACAAGGAGCAAAUUAACUUGCUCUAUGGCUUCUUUUUUGCUUCAUUGCAAGAUGAUGCACUGUGCCCUUAUGUCUGCCAUUUGUUAUAUUUACUUACCAAAAAAGAGAAUGUCAAACCAUUUCGUGUGAGAAAACUGCUUGAUCUUCAGGCCAAAAUGGGAAUGCAGCCUCAUCUCCAGGCUUUGUUGUCACUGUAUAAAUUCUUUGUUCCUACUUUGAUUUCUGUAUCUUUGCCUAUGAGAAAGAAGAUCUAUUUUAAGAAUUCAGAGAAUCUGUGGAAGACCGCUCUACUUGCUCUGAGGUCAAGGAAUCAAGGAUUUCCUUCAGAACCUCUAAAGUUGAUGUUAGCUAAUGUCCAUCCUAUAAAAAGAAAUUGGAAUUCUCACUCAAUUAUACCAGUGCUAAAUUCCUGUAACUACAGUAAAGAAAGUAGAAAAAAAAGGAUGAAUCUUUCUGAUUACUUCAGUAGCAAUGUAUCAUUUCCACUGGAACAGCUUAAAAGCUUCCCUCAACUCUUACAGAACAUUCAUUGCUUAGAGCUGCCUUCUCAGAUGGGCGCAGUGCUCAACAGCUCUCUGCUACUUCACUAUAUUAACUGUGUCAGAGAUGAGUCAGUCUUACUGAGGCUGUAUCACUGGUUGAGUCAAACAUUACAAGAAGAGUGUAUUUGGUACAAGGUGAAUAAUUAUGAUCAUGGAAAAGAAUUUGCCAACUUCCUGGACACUAUCCUCAGGGCAGAAUGCUUCUUACAAGAGGGGUUUUAUUCCUGUGAAGCAUUCCUGUAUAAGAGCCUUCCUCUCUGGGAUGGCCUCUGUUGUCGAUCACAGUUCCUUCAACUUGUGAGCUGGAUUCCUUUUAGUAGCUUCUCUGAGGUGAAGCCACUUCUUUUUGACCAUCUUUCACGGCUUUUCUUUACAUCAUCUAUUUUUUUCAAGUGUAGUGUUCUUCAGUGUCUGAAAGAACUACUGCAAAAUUGGCUGCUGUGGCUUUCUAUGGACAUCCACGUGAAAUCUGGGAGGAACAGUCCUCUAGAGACAACUUUAGGUGGAUCCAUGAACUCUGUGUCCGAACUGAUUCACUACGUAGGAUGGCUGUCCACUACUGCAGUGCGCUUGGAAAGCAACCAUACUUUCUUGCUGCACUUUAUUUUGGAUUUCUAUGAGAAGGUGUGUGACAUAUAUAUAAAUUAUAACCUUCCAUUAGUGGUGGUGUUUCCUCCUGGGGUCUUCUAUCCUGCACUCCUCAGCCUGGAUUCCAGUAUCCUGAAUCAACUCUGUUAUAUUAUGGACAGGUAUCAUAAAAAUUUGACUGCUGCAAAGAAAAAUGAGUUUGUACACAAGACAAAAUCAGAGUUCAGCUUCAGCAGCAAGACCUAUCAAGAAUUUAAUCAGUAUUUGACAGCCAUGGUUGGUUGUCUGUGGACAUCCAGGCCCUUCCAGAAAGGAUUAUCUAUUGACCCUGAAAUCUUAGGAAAUGCUUCAGUAGCAGAGUAUAAAAAAAGUUUAAAUUUAGUCCAUCAUCCUGCUUUUUUGAGUUAUACUGUUUCAUUUCUGCUACAGGAAUGCCCAGAAGAAAGGAAAGUAAACAUGAGCUCUAUACGGGGGAAGAAAUGGAACUGGUAUUUGGACUAUUUAUUUUCAGAGGGGUUACACGGCUUGAAACACUUCAUAAGAAGUAGUAUUCAUCGUUCUUCUGUCCCCUGAGCAGAGAGCAUAAACCACCUGAUCAGCAUUCUUUUUUUUUUUAUGUUUCAUGUCACGGAUGUUUUAGCAUGAUAUUUUUAAAAGGUUGCUGUUAGCAAUCAUAUAAUGGAACAGACAUGGGGUUGGGGUCAAGCCAACCUAGGUUUGAAUCUCAUAUCUGCCACUCACUAGUUUUGGGACUGUGUUCUGAGUUUUUUUGUUGUGCCUUAAAAUAUUAGCAAUCAUUUAUUAUUAAUAUUUCUAUUUCUAGGAGGCAGGAAUUUGGGGAGAGCUUCAACUGGGUGGUUCUGCCUCAGGGUCUCUCCCAAACUUGUAGUCAGGUGGAUGGGGGGCUAGAACUCUGGAGGCUGGCUGAGUUAAUCUCCCCCUCUUCUUAGAGUCUCAAGGCUUCUUCAUGUGGUCUUUCCAUGUAGCUCACUUGGGCUUCCUUACAGCAUGGCGGCCUCAGGACAACUGGAUGCUUCUGUGGUGGCUUGGGGCUCCAGGCAGGCAGAUGUCUCAGGGACAAAAAACAUCACCUUUUCUGAUGCAGCUUUGGAGGUCAUGCACUCUUAAUUCCUUCAUACUCUCUUGGUCACAAGCAAAUCACACACUUCCCCAAGUUCAAGGGGAGGGGUAUUAGACUCCACUUCAUGAUGGGAAAUGGCAGAGUUCUUGAGUAGAGUUGGCAAAUUAUGACCCUUGGAUGAAAUCAGGCUCCUGGGCAUUUAUGUCUUGUAAAUGGCUUUGCCAUUAUGUGAAAGCUGAGUGUUUGGGACAGGUACUGUGUGGUCUGCAAAGCCAAAAAUAUUUACUGUACAACUCUUUAUAGAAAAGUUUCAUGACCCCUAUUCUAGAAGACCAUGUUGGAUGAGUGAUACUGUUUUAGCCACCUUUGUAAUAUGCCAUUGGCUUCAGGCAGGUUACAAGCCUCUGAAUUUUACUGGGGUCUCCAAACCUGGCACCGGAUUAGAUAACUGAGACAUCUGGUUGCUGUGCAGAUGGCAUCAUUGGACCACGUGUGUACAAGUGUAGCUUCAGAGUUUCUCAGGCCUUUUGCACAGGAGCAGAGGUACACCCGGCUUACUAGCUGCUCAUUCUUUGCUGUGGCUGCCAUCAGCUUUUGUAAAACUGAAAACAGGGUAAAUAUAGACUUUGACUUUUCAUGUAGCAAAACUGUUUGCAGGAGUUAACUGCUUUACAAAGUUGGCAACCACUUUUAGAAUCCCCAACUGCUAGUUUAGGAGGAGAGUGGGCAUUGCUUAUGCACUUCUUGUAAAAAUGAAAAUCCAUUAACUUUUAUGAUUCAUGUACGCUCUCUGACAGCAUUGGGUCAAAGGGGCUUUUUUUCCUUCCUCCACCUGAUCAACAUUAAAUGAAUGUUGACAGAAGCAAACUGAGCAUAUGGGACUAAACUUCCUUGUUGCUGAAGAGAUCAAGAGGCUCAACUUGAGUUUCCAUACUCAUUUCACCGACAGACUGCUACCUUCAGGGAGUGCUUAGACUGGCUUUCUACCCAUGGCUCAGGAGAGCCUCAGUGUGGCUGACUUUAUUUUCAGGAUCUAGGUUCUUUAGCCCACCAGUGAAAAAUGACUUCAUCAUCAGUCUCUGCCUUCCACCAAAUUAUGCAUAAAGAGAUACAUCCAUUAUGUGGUGGGAUUUUUCACAUUUUUGUGAACUAUGAUUUGCAUUUUUAUGGAAAAGAGCAGAUGAUAAUAUACAGUGGCAUUUAAGCCAGACAUAUUUAUGCAAAAUACUCAGCUGCCUCUGAAACCUCUGUGAAUGUUGCCCUUUUACUGAUUUUGGACAACCAUACCAACACCAAGUUAACAGGAUAUAUGUCUAACUCUAAAAGCUGGCUUUAGGUAGUUGGUAGAUUCUUGGGCCUUCACUGGUAGUAGCAAUUUGAUGAGAGAAGGAAAGGGAGAGAACUGUGGGAUAAUCCACAUUCCUGGAGUUUUACCAGUUUGAUUUCACGAGACUGCUCUAUUUUGUGCAUGUACAUGUAUGCGUAUGUAUAUAUCCCAUUUUUAAAUGUUUAGGUUCAAAUAAAUUAACUGUAACUUAUUUUCAGGAAUAAUUCUGAAGCAUUUUAAAAUUUUUAUAAUAGCUAGAAUAUCUUGCUGAAAAUUUACCACAGAAUUUUGCUUCAGUGCUACAGAAAAAUUCUCCGCCUUUUAAUAAAAUUUGUAUCAUUUGAGAGAAAUCAAGCUGAAUUUACUUUUGUAUUUAAGGGCACAUUGCAGUUCUUUUUUUCCUGUAAAGCAAAGCAGAACCCUGAACUAUAUUAUUGGAAGGUGUUCAGACUAGAAUCCUAUUUAUUCAUUCGUUUUUUAUUUUAGACAUAUUUACUGAGCUUACCAUGUGCUGUGAAUUCUUCUGUGUGCUGGUUAUGUAGUACAUGUUUUUGUGGAAUUUACUUCUCUGUUGGAGAAGACAGGUAAUACAGGUUGUAAAUAGAUGUAUAAUAUCAGAUGAUGUAAAGAAAAAGCAAAGAAUAGGGACAGAAACAAACUGAGUGUAUGGGACUAAAUUCUUUCCUCAUUGGUAGAGGCCCGGUGGCUCAUUGAGUUUCCAUAUUCGCUUCAGCAACAGACUGCCAUCUUCAGGGAGUACUUAAAAUUGUCUUCUAUCCAUGGCUCAGGAGAGCUUCAAUGUGGCUAACUUUGAUUUGCAGGAUCUGGGUUCUUUAGCCCACAAGUGAAAGAUGACUUCAUCAUCAGACUCUGCCUUCCACCAAAUUAUGCAUAAAGAGAUAUACCUGUUUAAGAGGGUUGCAGUGUAAGAUGCUUAAGGAAGGCCUGUUUGAAGAGGUGACAUAUGCAGAGGCCCUAAUGAAAUAAGUGUAUGAACCAUGUAAAUAUUGGGGAAAAGAGCAUUCUAGGAAGAGAUAAAGGCAAGUAAAAAGGUUUGAAAAUGUUAACUUACUUGGCAUGUUUGAGGAAUAGCAGAGGCUACUAGGGUUACAACCUAGUGAUUAAAGGAAUGAUAAGAAAUGAAACAGAAGAAGGCCAGAGAGUAGUUCAUGACAAUCCUUGUAGCCGGGUAUGGAUAUGUAAUGGGAAGCUAUCAGAAGGAUGGAGAGCCGAGGAGUGGCAUAAUUUGACAUUGUGGAUAACAAAUUUACUAUGUGGAUCACAGCAAACUGGAAAAUUCUUCAAGAGAUGGGAAUACCAGACCACCUUACUUGCCUCCUGAGAAUGCAGGUCAAGAAGAAGCAACAGUUAGAACUGGACAUGGAACAGCAGACUAGUUCCAAAUUGGGAAAGGAGUACAUCAAGGCUGUAUAUUGUCAGCCUGUUUAUUUAACUUAAAUGCAGAGUACAUCAUGCACAAUGCCAGGCUGGAUGAAGCACAAGCUAGAAUCAAGAUUUCUGGGAGAAAUAGCAAUAACCUCAGAUAUGCAGAUGACACCACCCUUACGGCAGAGAGCUAAGAGGAACUAAAGAGCAUCUUGAAAGUGAAAGAGGAGAGUGAAAAAGCUGGCUUAAAAGUUGACAUUCAAAAAACAAAGAUCAUGGUAUCCAGUCCCAUCACUUCAUGGCAAAUAGAUGGGGAAACAAUUGAAACAGUGACAGACUUUAUUUUCUUAGGCUCUCGAAUCACUGCAGAUGGUCACUACAGCCAUAAAAUUCAAAGACACCUGCUCCUUGGAAGAAAAGCUACAACUAACCUAGACAGCAUAUUACAAAGCAGAGACAUUACUUUGCCAACAAAGGUCCAUCUAGUCAAGGCUAUGGUUUUUCCAGUAGUCAUAUAUGGAUGUGAGAGGUGGACUAUAAAGAAAGCUGAGUGCCAAAGAAUUGAUGCUUUUGAACAUCAAUUCAAAAAGAGAGAAAAGUCUUGAGAGUCCCUUGGACUGCAAGGAGAUCAAACCAGUCCAUCCUAAAGGAAAUCCAUCCUGAAUAUUCAUUGGAAGGACUGAUGUUGAAGCUGAAGCUCCAAUACUUUGGCCACCUGAUUCGAAGAACUGACUCAUUUGAGAAGAUCCUGAUGUUGGGAAAGAGUGAAGGCAGGAGGAGAAGGGGACGACAGAGGAUGAGAUGGUUGGAUGACAUCACCAACUCAAUGGACGUGAGUUUGAGCAAGCUCCCGGACUUGGUGAUGGACACGGAAGCCUGGCGUGCUGUGGUCCAUGAAGUCACAAAGAAUGGGACAUGACUGAGCGACUGAACUGAACUAUAGAGCUGGAGUGUGGAGUUUAUUUUUGUUGUUGUUGUUUUUUCAUUUUAUUUUAUUUUAUGUUUUUUGUUACAAGGGCUGGUUUUAUUUUUUUUCCAUUUAUUUUUAUUAGUUGGAGGCUAAUUACUUUACAAUAUUGUAGUGGUUUUUGCCAUAGAUUGGCAUGAAUCAGUCAUGAAUUUACAUGUGUUCCCCAUCCCGAUCCCCCCUC